UCCAUGUCAAUUUGCUCGAAGAAAAUCACUCCUUCAAGCUUCUGUUCAUCGCUCCAAACAACCAGAAAACUGGAAAAGUUCAGUUUGUAUUAUCAUUGUAUGUUGAAUUAACCACUCAUUCACCAUCUUCAUUCGUCUUCCCGUCCUGUGAAACGGUCAGAUAAACCUGUUGAAUGCUAGCAUGGCGUUUUGUAGAGCUGCAAAACGUUCCAUUGGAUUUGUGAUUUCUAACAGGCUGCUGAAUGACGCUGGUCGGCGUGGAUUUUCCAGUUGCGCUACCAAUAGAACAUUUAUUGUUAAAGACGUUCAAUUUGGUAGUUCAGUUCCUUACGUUCACGAUGGCAAUUCCGCUAUUUAUUCGAGGCUUAGUCUGUUGAGAAGAUUUAGUGUCGAAACCCCUGCCGGGUCGGAGCAGAUGAGUCUCAUAAAGCAGCUGAGAGAAAGAACUAGUGCACCCAUCAAAGAUGUCAAGGCUGCUCUCAUUGAUUGCAAUUGGGAUAUUGAAGCAGCACAGACAGAACUGCGAAAAAGAGGAAAGGUGUUAGCCCUGAAAAAGUCUUCUCGAACUGCUGCUGAGGGCCUUCUUGCCUUGGCCCAAAAUGAAACCAAAGCUGUUGUUAUUGAACUUAAUUGCGAGACUGACUUUGUUGCUAGGAAUGAGAUUUUUCAAUACUUGGCUCUAUCUUUAGCAAGGCAAGCAUUGUUGUCUGAGAGUUUGUCUCAUAAUGAUUCCGGGACCUUUCCUGUUGGACCAGAGCAAUUGGAGGGAAUGAAAUUAAAUCUUGAACAUCCAAAAAUUAAUGGAGAAACAACAGCUCUUAAUGCAGUUACUGAAGUGGCAGCCAUAAUGGGGGAGAAUAUUAAGCUAAGACGAGGUUUUUUGAUGUCUGCUUCUUCAAGUGGUGUUAUUUCAUCAUACCUCCACACAAGUCCUCAGCCAGGUUUGGGUCGUAUUGCUGGAAUUUUGUCUCUUGAAGUUGAGGGUGGUAAUUCACAGUCAGAUGCUCUUCAACGUGUUGGGUCAGAAUUAGCAAUGCAUAUAGUGGCUGCAAAGCCAUUGUUCUUAACGAAAGAACUUGUUGCUUCUGACACAUUAGAGAAUGAACGUGAAAUUCUAAAGUCUCAGGCCGAAACAACUGGCAAAUCUCAAAUGGCCAUAGAAAAGAUGGUUGAAGGUCGUUUGCGGAAGUACAUGGAAGAAGUUGUCCUGAUGGAGCAGAAGUUUAUUGUUAAUGAUAGUAUAAAUGUAAAGACUUUGCUGGAUAACCUGUCCAAGGAAGUGGGUUCGCCAGUGAAGAUUGGAAACUUUCUAAGAGUGGGUGUCGGGGAAGGGAUUGAUAGGCUGGAAACAUCGGAUUCAUCUGAACCUGUGGCUCAAGCUGCAUAAAUACAGAGGUCUGGCUGGUACUAGCUCUACAAUUUCUCAGCAUCUUAAAACUCAUUUCCUGCUCAAAUAUUCUUGGUGGUUAAGUUCCAUAGCAUCCUCAGUCACUGCAGAAAUUUUCAGGUGCAAACAUCUAGCAGAGAUUUUCUCCUCCUUGCUUUUAGCAUUACAAGGAUUGUAUACAUUGAGUUAGAAAUCCUUUUGGUAACAACACCUUUGCAUUUUUGUUUAUCACUCAUGUCUGAUUAUGAGAUCAACUGACCAAUAAAUUUUGAAAUCUGGGUCAGUUAAGAGUUUAUGUUACUUCACACAAAUUGUGCUUAUUUGUCCAUGAAACUAGCUUAUGUCUAACAGGUAACAGUCCCACAAUUCUGUGGUCUUAUAAAUUUUACAUCCCAAAGUUGAAACAAGACAAGGAAUAUAGAUGUUAUAAUUUGACAA